AUGCAUUAUACUGCGAGGCUGCACGAGAAGCUCGAGGCGUUUGAGGUUCAGAUGAGGGGUGCUCUUCCGGAUUUCCUUUCAACAGAGUACUCCGAAAGGUGCAAGGAGGCUCUGAAGGAGGUGGCUGGGAUGUAUCUUUCUAACAUGUUUGACCUGAUUGUGGUGAAGCAGCUGGUUCAAGAGGUGGUGGACAGCAUUGAAGGGCCGUGCCUGCAGCUGGUGAAUGACUGCUUCGCUUAUGCAAUGCAGGUCCAGCAGACUGUGGCAUCACACGUCUGUGGGAUGUAUCCUGGGCUGAACAACGUGGCGCACCUUCAAGGCGCGGAUGCCAUGAGGAAGGCCAAGGAGUCAGCAAACCGCUACUUUCAGGGACUGUUGACAAAGGAGAAGAAAAUUAUCUUCACGCUCAACCAUUACUACAUGGAUACGGUGUCCCAGAUCCAUGUGAAAAUGGCUGAAUAUAAGGAUUCGCAGCCUGGCGUUAUGGAUCAAGAUUCCCCUCCUUCAAUCGGAGACUUUGGAUCCGGCACUGCUUCACUUGCCAAUCUUAUCAGCAACGACGAUCAUCCUGCGAGGGAUCUGCAGAUCAACGUGUUUUCGUAUGCCAAGAUGGGAAAAUUUUACAUGCAUCCCCCACCUACCCCCGCCUACUCCCAUCUCACCUCCCCUCCUCCUACCAUGGGAUUCCAGCCCACCACGCCUCCCCAUACCGCCUACUCCCAUCUCACCUCCCCUCCUCCUACCAUGGGAUUCCAGCCCACCACGCCUCCCCAUACCGCCUACUCCCAUCUCACCUCCCCUCCUCCUACCAUGGGAUUCCAGCCCACCACGCCUCCCCAUACCGCCUACUCCCAUCUCACCUCCCCUCCUCCUACCAUGGGAUUCCAGCCCACCACGCCUCCCCAUACCGCCUACUCCCAUCUCACCUCCCCUCCUCCUACCAUGGGAUUCCAGCCCACCACGCCUCCCCAUACCGCCUACUCCCAUCUCACCUCCCCUCCUCCUACCAUGGGAUUCCAGCCCACCACGCCUCCCCAUACCGCCUACUCCCAUCUCACCUCCCCUCCUCCUACCAUGGGAUUCCAGCCCACCACGCCUCCCCAUACCGCCGGCGCCACUGCCGCCCACGGCCUGCCUUCGCCUGCUGUUGCCGUGCGCAACCUAGUGGAGCAGGUGCGUACUGGGCAGGUGGUAUGUGCCUCACAAUCUGCCCACGGGCUGCCCUCACCUGCUGUGGCUUGGCAGCAAGAGGGGGCCAGCGGGGGGGCGGGGCUGUACCGAGUGCCGGUGUCGGGGGGCGUGCAGAGCGCCACUGCUGUUGCCGUUCGGAACCUCGUGGAGCAGGUGCGUGCUGGGCAGGUGCCAUGUGGGGCAGGUGGAAUGUGGUGCAGGUAUUAUGUGUCUAACGGACUGCCCUCACUUACUGUGGCCAUGCGCAACCUUCUGGAGGAGGUGAGGCGGAUGGCGCGCUUCGCCCACCUCUGCAGCAUCAUGUCGCGCAUGCACCACCGCCGCAAGGGCUACCCGUUUGGCUCGCUCGUUGACUUUGCCACCGACGACGAGGGCCGGUGGAGUGGGCUGGCCAAUGCCCGUGCCACCAUGUUUGGAGACGUGUAUCCAGUGCCACCCUCCCAACAGCAGUGGGCGCAACGCUUCUUUGCCCACCGUCACCACCACGGCGCCGCUCAGAUGUGGGGCAACUUCAGCUACUACCGCAUGCAGCAGAUCUGCGACAUCGAUUACGUGGGUGGCUUUGGAGCAGUUGCGUGGAUCGAUGUGAAGGAUUACCUGGCUGCCACACCGGAUGCCAUCGUGCUACACGACUCUGAGGCCAUUCUGCAUGGCAUUGCGGAUGAGGCGAUUGGGGGUCUGGAGAACAACUGGGACCUCAUUGUGAUGAUGGGCUGUCUGGUGAGUCAUGAUUGUGAUGAUGGGCUGUCUGGUGAGUCAUGA